GCACCCAAUAUUAUAGACCAGACGCCAAAGGCACCCAAUAUUAUAGACCAGACGCCAAAGGCACCCGAUAUUAUAGACCAGACGCCAAAGGCACCCAAUAUUAUAGACCAGAGGUAAUUGAAAUUACGGAACUGAGAUUACAGAUUAUUGGGAAAAUCAAAUAA